GCUGUCCCCGCUUGAUGACGCACACGCCUCGGUGUUUACUAUGGCGGCUGUCUGCUAAUUGAAAGAAAAAUGCGGGUUUUAUAGCUGCAAGAACGAGAGGAGUUUUUUCGUGGAAAGUCCGGAGACGUUGCUUUCAGAAUGACCAACAGAACAUCUUACUUUUAUGACCCAGACGUGGGGAACUUUCAUUACGGUGCGGGCCACCCGAUGAAGCCUCACCGUUUGUCUCUCACUCACAGUCUGGUCUUGCACUAUGGACUCUACAAGAAAAUGAUGGUGUUCAAGCCCUACAAAGCAUCUCAGCAUGACAUGUGUCGAUUCCACUCUGAAGACUACAUUGACUUCCUGCAGAAGGUCAGCCCCAAUAACAUGCAGGGCUUCACAAAGAGUCUCAAUGCGUUUAAUGUGGGAGAUGACUGUCCUGUGUUUCCAGGGCUGUUUGAAUUCUGCUCAAGAUACACAGGAGCAUCGUUACAGGGGGCUACACAGCUCAACCACAAGAUCUGUGACAUUGCCAUCAACUGGGCCGGAGGGUUACAUCAUGCCAAAAAGUUUGAGGCGUCUGGGUUUUGCUACGUCAAUGACAUCGUCAUCAGUAUACUGGAGCUCCUCAAGUACCACCCAAGGGUUCUCUACAUUGACAUAGACAUUCACCAUGGCGAUGGGGUCCAGGAAGCCUUUUACCUGACGGACCGAGUCAUGACCGUUUCCUUUCACAAAUACGGGAACUACUUUUUCCCAGGCACAGGUGACAUGUAUGAGGUUGGGGCAGAGAGCGGCCGGUACUACUGCCUUAAUGUUCCUCUCAGAGACGGCAUCGAUGACCAGAGCUACAGGCAGCUGUUCCAGCCUGUUAUUAAACAGGUGGUUGAUUAUUACCAGCCGACCUGCAUCGUCCUGCAGUGUGGCGCAGACUCUCUGGGCUGUGACAGGCUGGGCUGCUUCAACCUCAGUAUACGAGGACACGGUGAGUGUGUGGAGUUUGUGAAGAGCUUUAAGAUCCCUCUCCUGGUCCUGGGAGGAGGAGGAUACACAGUAAGGAACGUGGCUCGCUGCUGGACCUAUGAGACAUCACUGUUAGUGGAUGAAUCCAUCAGUGAGGAGCUGCCUUACAGCGAGUAUUUUGAGUACUUCGCUCCAGAUUUCACAUUGCACCCUGAUGUCAGCACCAGGAUAGAAAACCAGAACUCCCGGCAGUAUUUGGAGCAGAUCCGUCAGACUGUGUUCGAGAACUUGAAGAUGCUGAACCACGCACCCAGCGUUCAGAUCCACGACGUCCCGUCCGACAUGCUGAGCUACGAGCGCAACGACGAGCCCGACCCUGAUGAGAGGGGAGCCGAAGAAAACUACACCAGGCCCGAGGCAGCAAAUGAAUUCUAUGACGGUGACCACGACAAUGACAAAGAGAGCGACGUGGAAAUUUGAUGUUUUCAGCCACAGUAAAACAAAAACAAUCCUGAAGCGUUUCUGGAAGGACUCGAAAGACUCUGAGAACGGACUCCUCUGCACUGCAGUCACCGAACCACGAGAUAUACCAGACAUGCUGCUCUUUUCUCGUGCGUGUGUACUCCAGCAGUUUUGUUUAACUUUCAUUUUUCUGCUUGUGAUCUUCAUGCUAUUUUAAUGAAAUGUUUGGCUUCUCAAAGACCAUGUGGUGCACAGCCUAAAAUUUAGAUGCAUUGCAUGCAUCAGUCAGUCCAUAGAUUCAAGACCAGCUGGCUGGAGGCCAGAUCGCAUUGUGUGCGAGGCAAAAAACCCACAACACAAAGUUAGCUCCAGGUGGGAAGGGAAAAGGCACAAAGGAUUUUUGAUUUAUUUUACGCAUCAAGCAAAUGUGAGAGUUCCUGCUUGGCAGCAUUAGUCACACACAGGCCUGUUCAGAAUCUCAAGUAUACUGAUUAUUCACGUUACAUUUCAAACUAGCAUUAUUCAUGUGCCUUACAGCUCUGAAAAGUCGAGCGGGGCACUUUUACAUCACUUUCUAUUUCAUCUGGAUUUUUUUUUUCUUUUUGGGCAACAUCUGUGUGCAAGAGCUGCCUGUGUUCUAAUUUCUUUCCAGUUUCGCCUCCUUCCCAUAUCUGUUGCACAACUGCAGAUGACUGUGGUGGUGAAGCCUGUCCUUCAUCUGCGAUCAUGCUUUACAGAUGUGAAGUUCUAUUAGCGGUCUUUGUAGAAACAUCUGCCAGCCCUCUUUUAGUCAAACAGCUUUUAUGUGAAUUUUGAUAUUGUCAGCAACUUGUUUUUAAAUAAACUGACUCACCAAUG